UGCCCUUUUGCUAAAGCAUAAGCCCUAAAGGAAUAUGCUUGCGCUGGCGAGGCGAUGGCGCUCGGCGAAGGCGCCGAUCUGGCCAGCUCCUUGCACGCGCGGGAAUUUCUCAUCGGCUGCGUCACAGGUCGCCGAAGAUGUGCCAGUGCCACAGACAUUCGAGGAAGCUAUUGGAGAUAAACCUCUCCUCGUUCGCGAUUACAUCAGGCAGGCCUUGUAUCAUCCCAAGUUUGGAUACUUCUCGUCCAGGCCGGAUGUUGUUGGAUCUAUGCGUGAGCCUCUUGACUUCAGUGGGAUAAGCGGUGGACGUUUCGCGUACAGGAAGCAUAUAGCCGAGCUCUACAAGCAGAAUGAUAUGUCGUGGUUUACUCCAGUGGAACUCUUCCAGCCGUGGUAUGGAUUUGCUGUCGCGGAGUACAUUCUCCAAACCAUGAAUCCGCAAUUUCCCCUGAAAAUUUACGAGAUUGGAGGUGGAACAGGCACUUGCGCGAGCAACGUCCUGGGCUACAUCAGGGAGAGGCAAGGCGACGUCUACAAGACGAUGCAUUACACUUCCGUAGAUGUCAGCGAGGGCCUGGCGAACAAACAGCGUCAUCGUUUAUGCGAAGAGGAGGAGCACGGUGACAAGUUCUCGGUGGAAUGCCGCAACGCACGCGAUAAAUCUGGAUGGGGUGAGCAGGACGAGUCGCCUUGUUACGUCGUCAUGCUUGAGGUUUUAGACAACAUGCCUCAUGAUCUCCUGUUCAGGGAGAGCUCCAAAUCACCUUGGAUGGAAACUUACGUCCAGUAUGAUUCUAGCGAAUCGAGAUUUGUCGAGCAUCACAGACCCGUAGAAGACUCGCUGGUUUCUCGCUGCCUUGAGAUUCUUGGCAAGGAACGGGAUGGCGAUAGCGUCGACGUCGUUCGCAAGCUAACUAAGUCAGUGAAGUCGAUUUUCUCCAGGGUUCUUCCAUCGCCUGAAAAGUGGUGGAUACCGACUGGAUGCAUGGAACUCCUAGAGUCUCUUCAUUACGCACGCCCCAAUAUGGUGAUGGUGGUGUCGGACUUUAGCUUCCUUCCCGAAGUAAAAAUUCCUGGACGUGGAGCUCCAUUGGUUUCAAGCAAAAAAGAUGGUGUAACCACGGACUACUCGUCAUAUCUCGAUGCAAAGGGAGAAGCGGACAUAUUUUUCCCUACAGACUUUGAUCAGCUUCUCAUUCUCGACAACGAGUGCGCUAUAUCGCAAUCGGAAGGAAAGAUUGUUCCCAACAAAUUUGGAGUCUACCGCGGGAGCGCAAUCAUGAGUUCCAGCAACUUCAUGAGCCGCUUUGCGUACGUGAACCAAGUCAAGACCAAGAGUGGCUUUAAUCCGUUGCUGGACGAAUACAGCAACACAAAAGUCUACCUGAGUGCUCCGGUUCUUAAAGGAUAGAGUGUGCCGAUUUGCCAAACAGUUUUUCUCUUUUUCCAUUGACAAUCGCUCACGCUGAGGCUUUAGCUUUACUCGAUUGCAAGCGUUGCUGCAACUUUAGAACCUGAAAGACGAGAGAAAAAAAAGGAGUUUGAUUGGAAAAGAAAACGAGAAGAACAAAGAUUUUGCAAUGCUCUACCUCUUCUCUUU